UUUCAAUUCUUUUAUAAAGAAUUACAAAGGAGUGUGUGUUCAGAUAUUUUUGGAUUAUUCUGUAGUUCACAUUUAAUUUAAUAAAAAUUAAAACAAUGGUUAACUUUCAACCACUUUUAGUCAUACUUUCAGCAACACUUAUGUGUGUGUUGGCAGAAGAUUUGAAAAUAGGGAAUUCAACAAAUGCCCAGUUGGCGUACGUGGAGAAUGUGAAAUUGUCCGCAAUACCACUCAGGAUGAGAACAAAGAACGUGUUCUACAAUGAUGAAAACACAAAUCCUAAAGUUAUCAAGGCUAUCGCAGCAAUCGACGUGGACCGGACUGCAGCCAGGGUGACGGUGACGGCGGGGGGCGUGGGGGCAACCUUCGUGAACGUACGCAUCAGGAGCGAAAGGGGGGAGGGUCUCAAUUACCAAGUACAGAUAUUUGUAUGAAUUAUUUGAUGUGAUAUAUAUAUAUUUUUAAUGAAGAUGUAAUAAAUAUUGCCAGAUCAAUA